AAAUAAUUCUAGCAUGCGAGUACACUGCACAGUAGAAACAUAUUUCAAACAGUGUUUUAAGGAUGUUCUCUUUUGGGCAAAUCUUCCUUCUCUCCAUCUUUCUGGUUCUUGCCCAGGGCCUGAGCCUGGGUGACCAUCAGAAUGGAGAAAUCGUAAUUGGAAAAGAACCUGGAAAACUGGAAAAUUCAACAACAUUUACCAUUGAAGGCCGCAAUUAUUUCGUUUCAGGUCACAAGCUUAAUUGGGAUAAAGCAAAACGAUCGUGCUGGAACAUGGGCAUGCAACUGGUAGCAAUUGAGUCUUUGGAAGAAAAUAAUGCCAUUCUUCGUGAAGUGAGUGGUGACAGAUCUGCAUUUUGGACUUCUGGAACCGAUCAAGGACAGGAAGGCUACUUUGUGUGGGACACGACUGGACAAUCAGUGGGCUUCUCAUACUGGGCCCACGGCGAGCCUAAUAACUUUUUCGGAAACGAGCAUUGCAUUAAGAUGAAAUCAAGUAGCCAUCAGUGGAAUGACAAUGCAUGCUGGGACUCAGAAAAAUACAUUUGUGAGCAGCUUUGAUCUUUUUAGAUAUACAAUUUUUUGAGUUAAUUUAUUAUAACUUAUUUAAUUAAUAAUUACCAAUAAAUUCUAAUAAUACUAUUCAAAUAUAAAAUAUAAUGAUAAUUUGUUCAUGUGUUAUCGGCUAUGUUAAACUCAACAAUUAAACUAUUUAAU